AUGGCAGGCCACGAUCGUGAUCCCUGCCCGUAUGUGAUCUUGAAUGACCUGGGAGGAGCUUAUGCGAUGGGUUUGACGGGUGGUACGAUUUGGCAUGGGAUUAAAGGAGCGAGGAACGCACCGAGGGGCGCUCGUCUACCAUCAUCAAUAGCAGCCAUCAAAGCCCGAGCCCCAGUGCUAGGAGGCAACUUUGGAGUCUGGGGUGGCCUCUUCUCAACAUACGACUGUACAGUCAAGGCUGUUCGUCAAAAAGAGGACUCGUGGAACGCCAUCAUUGCCGGAUUCAUGACUGGUGGAUCACUCGCCAUUCGUUCGGGACCCAAGACGGCCAUUGGAUCGGGUAUCAUGUGUGGUAUCCUGUUGGGAUGUUUCGAGGGAGUGGGAGUGCUGGUACAGAGGUUGAUGAGUGAUGGGAAUAGACAGAUUGCACCAAUGAUGUGA